AUGUCGAGCAGUCCUCCAAGCUUUCCAAGUUCGUUUCGAGAGCGCUUUAGCUCGACCAAGCGUCUAGCUGCCAUUAUUGUUUACCCACGCGAGUGCACGGGCAUCGUUCUCAAGGCACUGCGGGGUAUGCUUUUCGCGCAGCGCGGGGUGCGUAGCGUAGUAAACAUCAACCUUCCCCAAGGACUGUUAGAGGGGAAAACGACAACGACCGAUAGCUCUGAGUGUACAGGAGAAAAAAUGGAGAAAGUAAAAGAGGCCAGGUUGUUUCUCCUUGAUCCCGUCAUGUUUCCCGUAUCACAGUGGCAGUCCUUGCCGUUUUCGUCGUCUGGGGAGGUUUUGCCGGAGCUAUUUUCUCUGCCGCUUUCCCCCGAAGAGAACAAGGCGGAGCGUUUAACGCUUCCGCGAAAUCUGUUGGAUAGGCUGAACAGCGCCGCUAGCGAAUGCGAUGGAGCUCAGAGACUUUAUGUAGGGACCACAACGUACGAUAUGACGCUUUCCUAUGCAAACUACACGAUGCCAGAGAUUUUGAGCACGAUUUUUUCCUCCACCCCUGUCGAUUCUCCUUCUAGUGAAGGGACCCUUGCUAAUUCUUCCGUUGCGCAUCCGGCCGGGGAAAAGGCGAAGGAGGAGUUGACGGCGCUGAGCGGUUUUGAGCAGGUCGGGCAUAUCGCCCACGUCAACCUCUCAAAGGCUCAUGCGGGGUUUAAAUUUAUCAUCGGUCAAGUUAUUUUGGAUUGCAAUCCUACCGUAACGGUAGUGGUGAAUAAGCUAGACGCGAUUUCAAGCGUCUACCGCGAGUUCGCGAUGGAGGUGAUCGCGGUGCGCGACAAUGCCUCCACGAAUUUAUCACCAACGCCUUCUUCCUCCAUGGUUAAUAGCGUUUCCGAGAGUGCGGAGGAAUUAAAUAAGCUCCUGACGGCGACGGUCCGGCAGCACGGGUGCGUUUUUCGCGUUCCGUACAAUCGAGUUUACUGGAAUUCGCGGCUUAGUCAUGAGCACACACGCCUAGUAAACAGUUUUCACCCAGGAGAAAUUCUUUAUGAUGUGAUGGCAGGGGUAGGACCCUUUGCUAUUCCCGCGGCUCGGAAUGGUGUCGUCGUUUAUGCGAACGAUCUCAAUCCCGCAGCUUCGGAGUUUAUGAAGAUUAACGCAAAGCUUAACCAUAUUAAAGAGUUUGCGAAAGAUGAUGAAAAGGACUCCACUGCGGGAAUACGGAUUUUCAACAUGGAUGGGAGGGAAUUCUUGAAAAGUGUGGUUUACCGUAGUGUGAUGCCGGCGAAAGACCAGCUAUCGCAUCCUGAUGGGGCUCAUGGGACGUGUAGUAUUUCUCCUCCUCGACGGCGACAUGUUGUGAUGAAUUUACCCGCCCUAGCGGUUGAGUUUUUGGAUGUUUUCUCGCUCACGAAUGUGGAAAGCCCAUGGUCGCAGCGACCCAAAGACGGUACGACGGACUCUGCGGACUGGAAUUUAACGAUUCACGUAUAUUGCUUUUCCUCCGCGCCCGAUGUUUUGACGGAUGCCGUACAGCAGGUUGAGCAUCAUUUGGGGUUUUCGCUUCCGGAGGAAAAUAAAAAAUCGGUGCUUAUGGUGCGCGAUGUGGCGCCGUCUAAGCGCAUGGUUUGCGUGAGCUUUACCCUGCCUUCUUUUUUCUCGCAAAGUCGAACGGCAACGGUGGCUCCUUUAAGCUUGCAGCCUAAUACUAACGCGAAAGACGUCAAUGUCGUCGAGCAAGAGGGGGAAAAUCUUUCAAAGAUACGUAAAUUGGAGUCAUGA